GUCCAACACCUGUUGUUCAUCAGAAACCCCAAGAGAGAAAAAUGUGGGGUCAGAGUACCUCAGCAUCAGCAUCUGAUCAUGAUCUUGCUCUCUUGGACUCCAUCAGCGAAGAUCUUCUCGCUGAUGACUUUGAAGCUUCUUUGAAAUCUUCAGACUUUGGCAGGACUUUUAGCUUCACUAGCCUUCUCCUGAAUGCCAGUACUCAGCCGUUGAAACUUGGCAGCGAGUUUGGCUCUGGAUGUCCUGCUCCGUCGAAUCCUACUGACUCCCCAGCAGCGCCUGAGAAAGCAGAGGUGCCGCCACUGAAGGCGAGCCAAGGAGAGGCUGCAGGGCCGGCGCGUGGAAAAGGAGUAAAUUACAGGGGGGUGAGAAGGAGGCCAUGGGGGAAGUACGCGGCAGAGAUAAGGGACCCUAAGAAGAAAGGCGCGAGGCUUUGGCUCGGGACUUACGAGACGCCCGAGGACGCAGCUUUGGCUUACGAUAAAGCUGCUUUCGAGAUUCGUGGCUCCAAAGCGAAGCUCAAUUUUCCUCACUUGAUCGGCUCUAACAGUUCUGAACCUGUUCGAGUGUGCCCAAGGCGUCGCUCACCAGACAUGACCUCUUGAAAAUCCGGUGGAGCAGGCUUCAUUUGAUGCUUUCAUUUCAAUUCAGUCUAUUACUUUUCAAUACAUAAAGUUUAUGACGAGUUUAAUUACAGAAAUUAAUUUUAUCAAGAAAAAUAAAAAAAACAAAAGCAGGAUGUUUUCGGUUUGCUUUUCAGAAUUUCCUACA